AGAAGUUGAGAUUUCCCUCACCAACGCUCAUUUGAUGUCUCAAACAGGCAAGUGCGACGCCAGGCUCGCCCAGCUCGUGUAUCGCGGCGUGAUCACCGGCGCGCUGUGGACAGUUUCGAUCGAUGUCUAUGAGCAUCUUGGCCUCGUGCGGUCGGGCAAAGCGCCGUUCAACUCGUGCUUCCUCCUAUCAUCUGUUGGCAAGAACUGCGCUGCGUUCACGAUGUUUCUCGGCACUUUUGGCGGCGUUUCCUGUGCAUCCGAGAUGCUGCGCGGGCGAAAGGAUCCUCUAAACACCUUUCUCGGAGGUUUUGCCGCUGGCUUGCUCCUCACACAGAAUCCUCAGACUCGAAUGGCCCUGCCCCUCCGGACAUCCCUUCUCACGGGCUUGACGUGUGCCACCUUUGCCGCGGCAAUUGACGCAAUAUCCCACGACGUUGACGCGUAAUAGAGGUUGCAUCGAUGCUGACCUGACGAUUUCAGUCAAGAACGAUUAAAAUAGAGCGGUGGAGCGUUUUGAGUCGAGUUGAGCAGCAUUGAGAUCGAUGUUGGUGUAACCAUGGCGACCAAGUUCAAGGUCCGCGUCCACGACACGGGCAGCAGCAAUCGAGUGCACACAACGCACCAUCUCAUCUAUCCUCGACUUUCGUCUCCGCGAUGUCUCCGACCGACCACUGCAGCGCCACGUAAACACUCUCAGAUGCCGUUGUCUCAUUCUCCCGAAGCUGCUUCCGUCAGCCAAGAGCACAUGAAGGCACCACAUGCGGAGGAAAGCACUCUUACGGCCCACAGGGCCUCAACUCCAUCCAAUGCACCCAUGGCACCUCAACGUCCUGGAUCUAAACCGUCAUUGACACCGCGCCAUGUGAUCAAUCGGCCACACACUGUGGGCAACAACCAGUCCCUCGGGCGACGGCAGGCGAUGCCUUGUUCGUCCACACCGCCAGCACAACUCGUGCAGCAGCCCAGGUUUUUCU